GAGCUGCUCGAACGCACAUUUCUGUAAAUCGUCAGUGAUAUAAGUGAUAUUCUCUGUUUUAAAUGUAUUAAAAUGAUAGUGUUUGCCGUUAUUUUGAUCUGUUUUGUGUCAACUGUGGCACCAGAAAGCUGUUACUACCAAAGGUGCAUCAGUUGCCAUCCCCAAGAGACAGAUAUCUUCAAAGGAACUAUAAAAGAAUGUCAUCCAUCAAACUGGGUGUCCGCAGAGUGGCUCCAUGAGCUUGGACACCCGCCACCAUCAACAGAUUCCAAGGUACCUAUAGAAUACAGGUGUUUGAAAAUGGUCGCCACACCAGAUGACAGAUCAUAUGGUAACACAAUUGACGUCAUAAAAGGCUGCAUUCCUAAACUUCAAGUGGAUUCAGUAUGCCACGGCCUCAUGGCUGUAGAACGAGCUAGGGGCCACAGCAACGCACGUUGCUACAUAUGCAAUAGAAAUGACUGUAACUCCUCCAAUAAAGAGAAGCUUAGUUUUGUUGUCUUAUUGACUACUAUGAUGUUAUACUUUGUACUUAGCUGAUAAGCUGAGGUUUUUCUACAUGUUAAGAUAGUAAAUUAAGGUGGCCUUCCAAUCAAGUUUGAGUGUUUGU